AAACUGCAUCCGUAGCCACUCAGUUCCGCCAACCCUAGCUGUGCAUCCGGCCUUCCCCUGCCCGGUGAAGUUGUUGUGGCCCGGUGGGAGUGAUCCCUCUGGGAGUGCGUUGUCCUCGCAACGGACCUGAACCUAACGUGAUCUCGACAGCCCAGGACUCCGGCGAUCCCACUCACCUGCAUCAUGGCAGUCCCAGGUUGCAACAAGGACAAUGUCAGAGCAGGCUGCAGAAAAUGUGGCUACCCUGGUCAUCUGACUUUCGAGUGCCGCAAUUUUCUCCGGGUAGAUCCCAAAAGGGACAUUGUGUUGGACGUCAGCAGCACGAGUAGUGAGGACAGUGAUGAAGAAAAUGAGGAGCUGAACAAGCUGCAGGCUCUGCAGGAGAAAAGAAUAAAUGAAGAAGAGGAAAAGAAAAAGGAAAAAAGCAGGGAGAAAAUUAAAUUGAAAAAAAAGAGGAAAAGGUCUUACUCCAGUGCCACUGAAGAGGACUCUGCAAAACAAAAGAAACAGAAGUGUCAGAAAAAAGAAAAGAAAAAGGAAAAAAAGAAUAAAUCAAAGAAAGGAAAACAUCACAAGAAGGAAAAAAAGAAGAGGAAAAAGGAAAAGCGUUCUUCCCCUAACCAUUGUGAAGUCACCAAAAAGUGACAGAGUCUUGGGCCUAACUCAGAAAAUUGAAUUCAGUGUUGAACCUUCCUUGGAAUUGCUAUAUGAUUACGCUUUGCAGAAAGUCCCAGCCUCGUCCAUAAAGACAUUCUCACCUAUUGGGGCCCUUAUCUCUCUGCCCAUCUGUAUUAAACCCAUCUCUUUACUUAACAGAUGUGCCUCAAGUAUAGAUAUGUGUACAUACAAAGCACAUCAUUUUGGCUGUCUGUGUUUUGGUGGCUUAGGCUGGUGCUGUCUCUUGGUAAGUCAAUUAGCACAUGGCUUUACUGCAGUCAGAGGCAUAAUCUGCAUAGCAGCUCCCAGGUCGUGUCCGCCUUCCCGUGGUACAGCUGCCUCAGCAGCAGUGAUUUGCUCUUGAUACUGAAUAGCUUUAUGUACUCUGUAAUGUAUAAAGAUAGUGAGGGUCUUCACUGUUGUUUUUAAAUCUCUAGACUUUUUAAAUAACAUCAUUGAGGAUAAAACUGCUUUACUGACCUUAAGUCGUAAGUUUUUAAAUGAAUGGGAUCUACGGGAAGAUAAUAAUGAAAGUAUUUAUAACAGUGCCAUUGUUUUAUGAAAUGCAUGUUUCUGGCCCUUGCCUCCCAUGUUUUUAAAAACAUCCCCUUUUUUAAACAAUCAUUUAGCUUACUAGGAAGUCUGGCAGAGAGAUUCUAUGCUGGUCAAGAUUAUUAGGGUAGAUCCUGGGUUGAUUUACAAAUGUGCCAUAUUGGCAUGUCUUAGGUGAUACCUCAAACACAGAGCUUUUUGUGUGGUGGCAGCAAAAUCCUCAUUAAAACUGAUUUUAAUUGUAUCCAGUGUAUAUGAUGCCUACAUAUAUGCGUGUUAUGACAGUUUUUAUGAAUGUUUGCGUAUAUAUUUAUUUUUUUUCUGAAAUGGUUUUAGAAUGAGUUUCACACUGAACUUCUGGCUUCAUGGAUAAUCAAUGUCGAUAUUUCCUCUUCCACUUCGGUCACAGAUCUUAGUAGCACUGUGAAAAAUUUUAAAUUAAGAUUUCCAUUCUGUACUUUUUAAAAUUGAAGACUUGGAGAUAGCAUCAUGAAAGCCUUUGUAUAAUAAUGAAAUUUGUAUAUAAAUAAGCAUUUUCAAUGACAUGUCAGUAGAUUUAA